AGGUUGUGUGUGUUAGUAAAGCUAUAACAGAGUGAAAGGAAGCAAGUGAAAUAGUCAAAAUUACAGCUUCAUCAUGUUUGCAUCUGUGGCUCUUCUCCUGGUGGCUGUUUUGCUUCUGCUGCUCCUCUUUCGGACCCAAAGGCCUAAAAAUUUCCCUCCUGGCCCCCGACCCAUCCCCAUCUUUGGAAACAUGCUGCAGCUCAAUCUGGAGAGUCCAAUCGAUGACCUGGAGAGGCUAGCCAAGCACUAUGGUAACGUGUACAGCCUAUACAUCGGGCCCAAGCCUGCAGUCGUCGUCAAUGGCUUGCAGGCCUUGAAAGAAGCCUUUGUCACCAAAGCUGCAGACUUCUCCGGCAGACCACAGGACCUAAUGGUCAAUCAUGCUAUAAUGGUGAAAGCUAACGCUCCAGGAGUGAUUCUAGCAGAUUAUAGCCCCGGCUGGAGAGAGCAACGACGAUUUGGUCUGAUGACCCUGAGAAACCUUGGUCUAGGGAAACUGUCCAUGGAGCAGAGGAUUCUGGGAGAGAUACAUCGCAUCAUAAAGCCAUUGGAGCAGAGUGUCGGUAAGACCAUAAACCCUAAAUUGCUGUUCCACAAUGCAGCCUCCAACAUCAUCUGCCAAGUUCUGUUUGCGAGGCAGUUCGAGUACGACGAUGAGUUCAUGAAGUUUUUUGUUGACCUUUUUCACGAGACCUCUAAAAUAAUCAAUGGGCGUUGGGGUAUGAUUUAUGACUCUAUUCCCAUGGUGCGAAACCUGCCACUGCCCUUCCAGAAAGCCUUUAAGUUGUUUAAGAUGGCACAUGAGAGACGUCUGGAGCUGUUGGCUGAGAACAAAAAGAGCAGAGUUCCUGGUAAACCACGACAUUUCAUAGACUGCUACUUGGAUGAAAUGGAUAAGAGAGGAGAUGAUGGCUCAUCCUUUUCAGAGGACCAGCUUUGUGCGUUUAUUCUGGAUCUUCACUUUGCUGGGACUGACACGACCGCCAAUACCAUGCUCACUGCUUUCCUCUAUCUGAUGAACUAUCCGCAGAUACAAGAGCGCUGUCAGCAGGAAAUAGACAAAGUUCUGGAUGGGAAGGAUCAAGCCAGUUUUGAAGACAGACAUCAGAUGCCCUACGUGCAGGCUGUCAUUCAUGAGAUCCAGAGGAUGGCUAACACUGUUCCUCUAGCUGUUUUCCACUCUACCACUAAUGACACAGAGCUGAUGGGAUACUCCAUACCCAGGGGAACCGUCAUCAUUCCCAACCUGUCGUCAGUGUUGUUUGAGGAGGGACAGUGGAAAUCCCCUCAUGAAUUCAACCCUGAAAACUUCCUCAAUGACCAAGGAGAGUUUGUCAAACCAGAGGCCUUCAUGCCUUUCUCUACAGGUCCUCGUAUGUGUCUCGGAGAGGGUCUGGCUCGUAUGGAGCUCUUCCUCUUCCUGGUGACUCUGCUGAGGAGGUUCAAGUUCAUCUGGCCUGAGGAUGCAGGAGAGCCAGACUACAUUCCUGUUUAUGGGACGACCCAGACGCCCAAACCCUAUCUCAUGAAGGUCCAGUUCAGAAAAACAACCUGAUAGGUCAUGAUGACACACUUCCAAGACAAAGCUUUCCCCCCGAUACUAUAACUGGCCUACUGACAUAUCAAAUGAAAUUCAAUGUUCUGAUAUAAAACCAGUUUUGGACGCACUAAUUGCUAUUUGUAUAUGAAGUAUGGCCUUGCUUAUAGCGAGCUCCCCUCAGCUCUACGAAGAAUAUUCACGUCUUUCACAAAAUUGUUUUGAUUUCACAGUCCGCAGCUUCACCGUUUUACUUCAGUCUCACCACUGAUAUCAAUUUGUGGUUGCACAGUGUUCCAGCAGCUGUUUACCUGCCCAGCACCAGAUGGCAGACAAAGUUGGGGAUUAGGUAGCGGAACAUUUAGCAGCUAAAGAUCCAGAUAUUAUUCUAAAGAGUUUCAGGAGACCAAAACAUAUGGAAAGAGUGGAUAGCUCAUUUAUAUUUAAACGCUAUAAUGAGUGCUAAUGUUGCUUAGUGUCUGCAGGGUGAGAAAUAGUCUCAUAGCAUGUUAACAAUAAUAACUCAUCUUGAAACAUCAUAAAAAAGAUUUCUAUAAACCACACUGUGACUUUUACUGAAUGCAACAAAGCUGCUAAUUGUGACUCAUAACUGUGGUGUGAACCAUAAAAUUAUAUCUUAUCACAUGAAACUACAAACAGCUUUUCCCAAAAUUCACUUUUUCUCACGUUGCCGGUGUCAAAAUGAAUUUGUGGGAUUGAAACUAAAUGUAACAUCAUCAGAACAUGUUUGACUUUGUCAUUUUGGUCAAUAAAGAAUGGUUUGUAAAGAAA